CAAAAAAAAAAAAAAAACAUUAUAAUAAUGCCUCGAGAAACCGAACAAGAGCACACCAAAAGUACGUCAUGUCGACGGAGGCCACCCUCUCCACCGCCUCUAGCCGCCGUUCUUACCGGUGCUACAACUGCAACGACGCCUUCCACAUAACCAACAGCGCCGGCGUGAGCUCCUCCUUUCGCUGCCCUCGUUGCUUUCACCGCCACCUCCUCCCUAACUACACCAUUGCCAGUCUUACGCCUCUUUUUCAACCUUUUACUGCCAAUUUUACCCUUUCCACCAUCAAUUCUGUCACUUUUGAUUAUUCUGAUUCGGAAACAGAUUCCGAUGAGAGUGAUUCCGACGAUUUUUCGUUUGAGUUGUUUAACUCAACUCAAUUCCGUUCUCCAACUCUUAAAUCGUUUCUUGACUCACUCCCGAUUGUGAAAAUUGAUGAAUCAUCGAAAAACUGUCCGAUUUGUAUGGAGGAGUUUGGAAUUGAUACGGAAGCGAGUCAAUUGCCUUGUAAGCAUUACUUUCAUUAUGAUUGUAUUGUCCCUUGGCUUAAUCGGAGUAAUACUUGUCCACUCUGCCGGCAUAAAUUGCCGCGACAAGCUGAAGACGAAAUUGAAAAGGACCUGCAAGUUAUUUUGGAUGGUGAAAAUGGUGAUAGAGAAUUUCAAGAUAAUAGUGUUGUUCUAGUAUCAACAGCAUCAUCCUUAGGAUUGAGUGAAGUUGGUGAGGAUGAUGAUGACCUUAGAGAAAGGGAUCUGGACGAAAUGCGCGAUGAAGAUGGUGAUAUAAUGAUGGUUGAUGCAUGAAGUUUAAAAGAGAAACAUAUAUGUAUAUAAUUAUCUUUUUGGUACCUAGUUGAAGAAGGUGAUAACUCUUGUGGAAAGCUUUGAAGAAUGGUAUUCUGCUGAAACAGAUACAGAGGCCAAAGGGCCCAAGUAAACUAUUGGAGUCUGCUUGGUGGAAGAUACAUCAGUGCUGGUACUAGCAUAUAUGGCAAGUUGGUUGUUGCUAUUUCCCUUGUUAGCAGUGGGGGAGGGGGGUGUUGGGCUUUCAUUUUCACGCUACAUCAAGUCUGUAGCGGUCAACCUUUACGGAUUUCCCAUGUUUGUCGUAGAACUAGAGGAAAUGAGAAAACGUCACAUUUGGGAGCAACAGUUAGAUUAAUUAUUUGUCCAUACUAGUCACUUAGAGAUAGAAACCUCUGCUGUGUUUCAACAUUAUAAUGUUAAGCAAUGCAGUGUUGUGAAGUAUUUCUUCAAACUUUCCAUAUAACUUUUGUAAAGUUUUAUUUCAUAAUAUUAAUUCAAUCA